AUGGGAAUCUCGCUAGAAGGGGGUGCCAAGUACGCCCUCACUUUUGUCGACGAACACUCGAGGUAUGUCUCGAUUAUUCUUUUUAAGAUCAAGAGCAAAGUGACUGGCAAGCUUGAGGAGUUCAAGACAAUGCUCGAGAACUAA